AUGCAAGAAACGAACGAAACAUAUGAUAACAGCACGGAGAUCUACCAGCCCUACUACGAGAGGCCGGAGACCUACAUCGUGCCAAUACUUUUCGCUCUCAUCUUCGUGAUCGGUGUUGUAGGAAACGGUACCCUAGUAGCGGUCUUCGUUAGGCACAAGGCCAUGAGAAACGUUCCAAAUACUUACAUUCUAUCACUGGCCUUGGCUGAUCUGCUAGUCAUCAUCACCUGCGUCCCCUUUACUUCGAUCGUGUACACCGUGGAAUCCUGGCCUUGGGGUAGGACUGUGUGCCAAGUGUCGGAAGCCGCCAAAGACGUCAGUAUAGGGGUGUCAGUUUUCACCCUGACAGCGCUGUCAGCGGACAGAUACUUCGCCAUCGUAGAUCCGCUGAGGAAACUACAUGCAACAGGGAGCAGCAAGAGAGCCACACGCUUAACAAUAGCCACAGCAAUCGGGAUAUGGAUAUUGGCAGGUCUGCUGGCAACGCCCGCCUUCAUCGGCUCCUACUUACGACCAUUCGUUGUCAAUCCAACUACACAGUUUCUCGUCUGCUACCCUUACCCCCAAGAGUGGGGAGAACACUAUGCCCAAAUCGUGGUCAUGGUGCGUUUUCUUCUCUACUACUCGUUGCCACUAGCUGUGAUUGCGUUAUUCUAUGUACUCAUGGCCUGGCAUUUAGUGCUCAGUACUCAGAAUAUGCCUGGUGAAAUGCAAGGAACUCAGCGACAGAUGCGGGCGCGCAGGAAAGUCGCAGUAACUGUGCUGGCUUUCGUUCUGGUCUUUGCUGCCUGUUUCCUACCCUCACACGUCUUCAUGAUGUGGUUUUAUUUUUGUCCAACGGCCGAAAAUGAUUAUAACGGAUGGUGGCACGGGCUCCGGAUCGUCGGCUUCUGUCUUUCGUUCCUCAACAGCUGCGUCAAUCCAAUAGCUUUGUACUGCACCAGCGGAAUCUUCAGGAAGCACUUUAACAGAUAUCUCCUUUGUCGAGGCAGCUCCACCCGCGGUGCUAGAGGAUCCAUGUCACUCUCCACUUCGAGACGAUUGCAUUCGAGUCGGAAGACCAACGUCAGCAUGGUGCCCAGAACCACUAGCAUGGGUCGUGACAGCAGCAUUCGUCUGCUGAACAACGGCUCCUCGAAGCUCUGAGGGCGCGCCCGCCGCCCGGCGCGGGACCUCCC